AUGUCCGAUUCAGCAUGCCACUCCAUUUUCUAUGGCCACGUCAUGCUCGCGCCAAUGGUGCGUAUUUGCCACCUUGGCUUUCGUCUUCUAUGUGAAGCACAUGGCGCGGGCGUUGUUUUCUCUGAAGAGAUUGUUGCUGCGAAGCUUUGCCACUGCCAUCGGGAGUCUCGGUCAUAUCCCGGCUUAGCAGAAAGCAAUAUUGUGGAGUACGUUGCUUAUGAUCGUUACAAACAAGCAUUUAAACGAUCCGUUGUCUUUUCCACGUUAGCGAAAAAAGGGAGGUCUUCAAGGGGGAUUAACGGGAGUUGCGUAUCGGCAUUGGUAGUGUUACAACUUGGUGCUUCAGACGGCGCGGUGGCUGCCAAGGCUGUUACGUUAUGUCGCGAGGACAUCGACGGUGUUGAUAUUAACAUGGGCUGUCCAAAGAAGUUUAGCGUGGGUAAUGGAUUCGGAGCCGUAUUAAUGGAAAAUACCGCCGCUGCGGGGGACAUCCUGCGCCAGAUACACGCGAUCGUGCUGGAUAGAAAGACAGGAGGUGAGGCCUCCUGCCGACCGGGAAGCGAUCGUUUUUUCCCAAUUAGUUUUAAAACCCGAUUAAAAAGCCUGGAGCCAUCUACAACAGUGAUAAUGCUAAAAGAAAUAUUAAUGGCUUCGGGUCACACACCUCAAGAUCCAAUAGUUCAUGCAAUCACUCUCCAUGCGCGGUUGCGUGAUCAACGCUCAGAGAGCCCUCCUUUGUACGAUGUUGCAGCAAAGGUUAUUACACAGUGUCGUUGCGAUCCUUAUUUUAGUGGUGUUUGUUUUGUUUUAAAUGGAUCGAUUCAGUCGCGCGCCGACGGAAUUGAAAAAAUGAGACAUUAUGGAUUUAAUGCAUGUAUGAUUGCUCGUGCAGCUUUAGUCGAUGUGACGUGUUUUUCGCCUUCUUACGUGUAUCCAGUGGGGACGGAUCAUACUGAUCAAGAAAGCCAGUCAGCGCAAGUCCAUCAUAUGAAAAUUCUGAAGGAAAUGCUACUUUUCGCGGUUUGUUAUCGAACUCCGUUUAAAAACUUUAAGUAUCACCUUGCAAGGAUCUUUUCGGAGGUUCAGGUCUUAAAAUCGAAGAUGCCGACAGUUCAAGAGGGGCUGCGAUCUUAUAGUGACUGUUGCGAUUUCUUCCAAGUUAAACCGGAAGAGCUGGAACUGGUGAAGCGAUGUGAAAACGAAAUUGAGUUUGUCGACUCUCCGCCUGAAGAUGCUUCACCGUUGCUUUCUUCAGACGGAAAAUUAAAAGACAUACAAGAGUAUUCACUAAAAAAAGCAGAUUUAGAUGAUCGUGCAAUACAAGUUAGGCGUCUUUGCUAG